AUGCUUCCACAUAUUUGUAAAUAUUCCGAUCCAUGUGCAUUACUCUUCUCUCCUGGCAAGGAGGAUGUAAUCAUUCAUAUUCUUCUCUUCAUUACGGAUGAUGCUAAGGAAUUGGAACGAUGGAGAAGAGUUUCAAAAUUUUGGAAUGAAUUAAUUACUUGUUCAAAUUCUUCCGAUCAUCAUCAUCAUGCUCAGACUUAUCAAAAUUAUGCUCAAUUAUUAUGGAAGGAAUUAUAUUGGAAGGAUUUUGUUGUAACACAAUUAGAAAGACAAUGGAUUGAAUUUAAAGGUUCAUUCGAGAGGCAUGAAUUCCAUUCGGAGCAAUUUUCUGAAUUUUCUAAUAAUGUUGUUUGGAAGAGGAGAGAUUUAGAUUGGAGAUUCUUGUAUUUGCAUCGAGAUAUCUUUCUUGGAUUUUACAAUGGAGAUGUGAAUGAAUUAUUAUGGGUUUCAAGUUUGAAGAAUGAAUGGAGAAGAAAUUUAUCAGAAUCAGACAAGUUAAAUCUGGCCAUGCUGUAUUAUGAGAUUGAGGGAUCGAAAAAUAUUGCUUUGGAGAUGGAACGAUCAAUUGUGAAUUUAUUGAGACAUCGAAAGAAUGCAUUCCACGAUUUUAAAUUGUACAAGAAUUAUAUUCAGAAAGGAGAGGAUUGGAAAAAUCACUUGGAACAAUGUAAAUAUGCCAGUACUCUCUAUACGAGAAAUAUUGCAAAUUAUCAAAGUGUAUACUAUGUGCCUCAUGAGAAGAAAUUACCACUCUCCACAAUAAUUAAUGAGAUUGACUAUUUCUAUAAUCAUACAGUGAUAGAAUCGGUGAGAAUUGAUCAAGACUUGGCAGUCAAGCACCAUCAUUCAUCCAUCUCCAUUAAGGGAUUGAAUGGAAAUAUUUGUUGCUUGGAAUUGAGAAGCCAAUACUCUGUGAAUCAUUCGGAUUUUUCACUGGAAUGUACCUAUCCAAAAAUUCAAGAAGAAUAUCCUCAAUUAGCUGAGGCCUUUGAGGACGAAACAAAAAUUUGUAUCUUUAGAAGACAGAAAGAGCCAAUAUUUUCCAUGAAUAAUGAGGAAUUUACAUAUGAUUUCUCCUUCAUCACACAAACACCCUACUCACCAGCUGAAAAAUCAAUUUUUCACUGUCUCAUUGAUUAUCUUGGUUUUGAGCAUUUACAGAUUGAGCACUUGAUUAGAAUGAUUCAAAUUCUGGCAGCUCCUACAAGAAGUUCUACCUGUGUGUUUCCCUUCAUUACAAUGCUUCAUAAUUGGGUCAAGGAAAAUGCAAACCUCAGUAGGUAUUCUUGUGUUGAGGCAUUUGAUAAUCCUUCCAUGCUUUGUUAA